AUGAUGAAGAACACACAGGAAUUUGACACUGAGCGGCAGAAAGCGGAUCGGCUUUCAGUACCACGGUUCAAUCUCAGUGCUCGUCGCUACCGUCAACGACCUCGACAGCCUCUUAUCAUGUGUGCAAGCUUGGUGGACAAGGUCCCGAAUCUGGCUGGACUGGCACGGACUUGCGAGAUCUUCAACGCUCAGAAACUGGUCGUGCCGAACCUGCGGAUGACGCAGCAGGACGUCACGUUCGUGAAUGUCAGCGCCACGGCUCACAAGUGGAUGCCACUGGAAGAAGUGCGACCUCAAGGUGACGAUUUACGACGAGCACUUGUGCGAUGGAAGCGCGAGGACUACACGAUUGUGGCAGUGGAGCAAACGGCGUCCAGUGUGAGUCUCGCGAGCUACACGCUGCCCCGUAAGAUGGUGCUGGUGUUGGGGCGAGAGAAGGAAGGGAUCCCGGUCGAAGUGCUGCAGCUUGUUGACGUGUGUGUGGAAAUCCCCCAGUUUGGCCUGGUACGCUCACUGAAUGUGCACGUGAGCGGGGCUCUGGUGCUGUGGGAGUACACGCAGCAGCAAUUAAUGUCUGGAGCGCUCGAGUCGACUCUCUAG